GCUUAAGUUGUUCAACAGUCCGGGGGUCUCCGUUGUGCUAUUUUAGGCUUCAUAUUGCGCCACACAUUUUCAAUGGCAGACAGACAGGUCUGGACUACAGGCAGGCCAGUCUAGUACCCGCACUCUUUUACUAUGAAGCCACGUUGAUGUAACACGUGGCUUGGCAUUGUCUUGCUGAAAUAAGCAGGGGCGUCCAUGAAAAAGACGUUGCUUGGAUGGCAACGUAUGUUGCUCCGAAGCCUGUAUGUACCUUUCAGUAUUAAUGGUGCCUUCACAGGUGUGUAAGUUACCCAUGCCUUUGGCACUAAUACACCCCCAUACCAUCACAGAUGCUGGCUUUUCAACUUUGCGCCUAUAACAAUCCGGAUGGUUCUUUUCCUCUUUUUUCUGUAGGACACGACGUCCACAAUUUCCAAAAACAAUUUGAAAUGUGGACUCGUCAGACCACAGAACACUUUUCCACUUUGAGUCAGUCCAUCUUAGAUGAGCUGGGGCCCAGCGAAGCCGGCGGCGUUUCUGGGUGUUGUUGAUAAAUAGCUUGGGCUUUGCAUAGUAGAGUUUUAACUUGCACUUACAGAUGUAGAUAAAUAGCUUGGGCUUUGUAUAGUAGAGUUUUAACUUGCACUUACAGAUAUAGCGACCAACUGUAGUUACUGACAGUGGUUUUCUGAAGUGUUCCUGAGCCCAUGUGGGGAUAUCCUUUACACAUUGAUGUUUGUUUUUGAUGCAGUACCGCCUGAGGGAUCGAAGGUCACGGGCAUUCAAUGUUGAUUUUCAACCUUGCUGCUUACGUGCAGUGAUUUCUCCAGAUUCUCUGAACCUUUUGAUGAUAUUACGGACCGUAGAUGGUGAAAUCCCUAAAUUCCUUGCAAUAGCUGGUUGAGAAAUGUUGUUCUUAAACGAUUUGCUCACGCAUUUGUUGACAAAGUGGUGACCCUCGCCCCAUCCUUGUUUGUGAAUGACUGAGCAUUUCAUGUAAGCUGCUUUUACACCCAAUCAUGGCACCCACCUGUUCCCAAGUAGCCUGUUUACCAGUGGGAUGUUCCAAAUAAGUGUUUGAUGAGCAUUCCUCAACUUUAUCAGUAUUUAUUGCCACCUUUCCCAACUUCUUUGUCACGUGUUGCUGGCAUCAAAUUCUAAAGUUAAUGAUUAUUUGCACAAAAAAAAAUCUUUAUCAGUUUGAACAUCAAAUAUGUUGUCUUUGUAGCAUAUUCAACUGAAUAUGGCUUGAAAAUUAUUUGCAAAUCGUUGUAUUCCGUUUAUAUUUACAUCUAACACAAUUUCCCAACUCAUAUGGAAACGGGGUUUGUAGCCUGUUCACCUGUUGGAUGAGCAUUCCUCAACUUUCUCAGUCUUUUUUGCCACUUGUGCCAUCUUUUUUGAAAUAUGAUGCAGGCAUCAAGUUCCGAAUGAGCUAAUAUUUGCACAAAAAAAAAAGUUUUUCUUCAACGUUAAAUAUCUUGUCUUUGCAGUCUAUUCUAAUGAAUAUAAGUUGAAAAGGAUUUGCAAAUCAUUGUAUUCUGUUUUUAUUUAUGAUUUACACAACGUGCCAACUUCGCUGGUUUUGUACUUUUGUGCUAUUUGUAAACAAAUAUAAAGUGUAAGAAAAGCACCAUUUUACAAGGCAAAAAUGGCAACACAAUGGGAAGAAAAGGUGUGAUUUUACGGGGGGGGAAGUAAUAUAAUGAAGGAAAAAAAGAAAGUUAUUAUAAAAAUAGAAAAUGGGAAAGAAUGGAAAAUGACAUUUUAGUAAUCUAACGAAAAUGAGGCGAUAUUCCUGAAACGAUGAAGAAAAAUGUUGUUUGGACUGAAACAUAAAUAUUGAUGUUCUUUUUCUGAGGUGGAAGGAGAAAAAAAAGAGUCAAGUGUAAAAGUGAUCAAAUAGUCUCAUAAGAAGAGGACUGGGUGAGUGGAGCCCUUCCCAUUCCCUUUAAAGGAGCGUGUCUUCAACCAAACAUGGACGUGUGCUCUUUCCCAGGAUUGCCAAGAAUGUCCCAGCCUCUCGCCGGCGAGACGCGAGACGCUUCUUGCACUCCCGUCAGGGGCCAGAAUGUGAGUCCCUCGCUCCUCUUUCUCUGGAACUUUUUUAUCGGGAUUACUUCCAAGUCAACCUCCCCGUGCGAGUGUACCCGUCAUGUCCCGGCGCAAGGUGCGAGGCCUGACCAGGAUGGGCCGCCAGGUCAGCGAGGACCCGGACCUGGACAACCUGCUGUCCACUUUGUCCCCGGAGGAGAUGGAGGAGCUGGAGAAGGACAUGAUGAAGGUGCCUGACCUCAACCUGGAGCGACCUCAAGAGGAGACCUUGGCGCUGGAGCCAAAGAAGGAAUGUCGGAAGCAGGAACACCUGAGGAAGAUGGGCCCGAGCCAGGAGGGCAACCAAGAUGGGAAAGUCCGAAGACCAGCAGACACGGACGCCAGAGACACGAACGCUGUAGGUCCGGAAGUCUUGAAACAGGAGCGAGGUCGUCUCUCGGAAAGAUUCAUGAAGCAGGAGAGCGCAGAGAGUGAGGACAGCAGGACGAGGGACAGGAGGGAAAACCGCGAGAGCACCGGCAGCAAAACGAGGGACGUGGUCUCCAAGUUACAGGAGAAGAAGGAAGACAGCGGCAGGGAGAAGGACUGCAGGAAGAGGGACGACAGCAAAACCAAGGACAUUAUCUCCAGGCUUCGAGAGAAGAGUGAGAAGGAAGUCGGGAAGGACAGAGAGCGGCGGUCUGAGAGCUUUAGGACGCAGGGUUUAGUUUCUAGGAUGUUGGAGAAGCAGAGCAAAGCCCAGGAGAACCAAGAGAAGAAAGCCGAAGAGAAGAUGAUUACUCGUAAGUUGGAGCGACAAGUUUCCCAGAAGGAGGAGAAAGCUGGACCGGAUGCAGAAGAACUGCUCAACCACAGCGAGCACGUGACAGAGAAGAAGACGGAAAAUGUUCAAGUCCAAACCGGGGAGAAACUCGCCAACUGCGUGGCCCCAAAUGCCAAAACCAACGAGCAGGAGGACGAGGACGAAGACUCCAGCAUGUUCGACGAGUUGAUGCAGCAGCUCCGACACGACGACCCGUCUCUCGUGGAGCUCAACGUCAACAACUCCGAGGUCAUCAAGACCAAGACGCUCAUGGAGUUUGCCGAGGCCCUGCGCGGCAACACCCACGUCAAGAAGGUGGCGCUGGCCAACUGCCGCGCCGACGACCACGUGGCCUACGCCGUCGCCGGCACGCUGCGCCACAACGCCACCGUCACCAGCAUCAACCUGGACUCCAACCAUCUCACCGGCAAAGGCAUCCUGGCGCUCAUCCAGGCGCUGCAGCACAACGCCACCCUGACCGAGCUGCGCUUCCAGAACCAGCGCCACAUCUGCGGCGGCAAGACGGAGAUGGAGAUGAUCAAGAUCCUGAAGGAGAACACCACCUUGCUCAAGCUGGGCUACCACUUCGAGCUGGCCGGGCCCAGGAUGACCACCACCAACAUCCUCAGCCGCAAUAUGGACCGGCAGCGGCAGAAGCGCCUGCAGGAGCAGAAGCAGGCGCAGAGCAGCAACGGUGACAAGAAGGAGUCGCUGGAGCUACCCAAGGCGGGCGCUGUAGGAUCUCUGAGAAGCUCCCCUAAACCGUCCCCUAAACCGUCCCCGAUGGCUUCACCGAUGCCCUCGCCCAAGCUGAGCCCCAAGAGGAGUGUCGGGGCGCCACCGCCGCCCCCGCCGCCCCCUGGGGGAGGUCUCCCACCCCCGGCGCCUCCCAUGCUGGAAGUAGACUCCUUGAGGAAUUCCCUGACUCCGGUGUCGCGGAGGAGCCUGGACGGGAAGGGCCGAGGUGCUUGCAAGAACUCCAGGGACCAACUGCUGGCCUCCAUCAGGGGGAGCAACGUCAUGCAGCUCAAGAAGGUGCCGGUCCCCAAGUGGCUCCAGUAGGCUUUCCUGGCGGGAUCUGGAAAAGGAAGCAGGAGUUAAACCGUCCCUCCAGGACGCAGCCUAAAGAGCCAAGGAUGAAGGAUGGAGGACAUGGCUGCCCUUUUUUUUUGUUUUUACAAACACUGGACCAAAAUGGACCCUGCACAGAUCGGGCACUGCUAGGGUGGAAUUUGGGGGACAGGAGGGUGCCGCCCACUUGUAGUCUAUAGAGAGCUGGUUUGUGUUCUUGGACGCUUUGCUGGUUAUUUGCACUAAUAGGUGACAUAUGAAGACCACCAUACACAUGACAUGUAUGUGAUGUGUAACGCAACACGUAUGUUACAUAUGUUACAUCUAUGUAACAAUUAUAUCCAUAUAGCAUGUAUGUAUCACAUACAUGACAUAACAUUUUUACAUAUAUGUAACAUGUACAACAUAUGUAACAUCCAGCAUGUUGCAUGUACAUAACAUGUAUCUAUCACGUAUGUAACACACAUGUAACGUACAUGUUGCAUAUAAAUAACAUGUGAUGUCUAACAUGUAUGUAACAUGUUACAUCUAUGUAACAAUUAUAUACAUAUAGCAUGUAUGUAUCACAUACAUGACAUGGUGUAACAUUUUUACAUAUAUGUAACAUGUACAACAUAUGUAACAUCCAGCAUGUUGCAUAUACAUAACAUGUAUCUAUCACGUAUGUAACACACAUGUAACGUACAUGUUGCAUAUAAAUUACAUAUAUGUGAUGUGUAACAUGUAUGUAACAUGUUACAUCUAUGUAACAAUUAUAUACAUAUAGCAUGUAUGUAUCACAUACAUGACAUGGUGUAACAUUUUUACAUAUAUGUAACAUGUACAACAUAUGUAACAUCC